AUGGAAGCUUUUAUAGUUUUGUUCUUUCUUCUCAUGACUAACAUUUCUAUGAUAACUUGUCAAAAAAAUGAUACCAAAAUCAGCUUAGGCUCUUCUCUCAAUCCCAAUAUGACUAACUCAUAUUGGUUAUCAAGUUCUGGUCAGUUUGCAUUUGGUUUCUACAAAACACAAAACAAUGGCUAUGAAGUUGGAAUUUGGUUUGAGAAAAUAAACCAGAAAACGGUUACAUGGACAGCUAACCGGGAUGGACCUCCAAUUUCCAAUGAUGUUUUACUUAUUUUAAGGAGUGAAGGAAGACUUGUUUUGCAAGAUGAACAAGGCCUGCAAAAGGCGCUCAUUGCAAAUUCAUCUCAGCCAGCUGCAUCAGCAUCCAUGCUCGAUUCGGGCAAUUUUGUCCUCUACAACUCAAAUUCAACCAUCAUUUGGCAGAGUUUUGAUCAUCCUACAGAUACCCUUUUGCCAGGACAGAGCUUAGUUGCUGGAAACCAGCUUGUUUCAGCCGUGUCAAAGACGAAUCACUCCACAGGAAGAUUUCGGCUUCAGUUGGAGACAAGUGGAAAUCUCGGGCAGUACUUGGCAACUUUUCAAGGUGGAUUCUUGCCUGAGCAAGAGUACUGGACUUCAGAUACUGAAGGAGACAACUUAAGUCUGAAUCUUGAUUCUAAUGGUCAAUUAUACCUUGUCAACUCUACUGGUUUCAACAUUAAAAAUGUUAUUGAAGGUAGAAGCUUAGUUAUGUGUCGUUUGACAAUAGAUGUAGAUGGAAUAUUUAGAUUGUACUCUCAUAAUUUGGUUCAGAACAGCAGCUGGUUUGUUGAGUGGUCUUCAACUACCAAUCUUUGUGCUCCAAUUGGAUUAUGUGGCAUCAAUUCAUAUUGUCAGCUUAUAAAUCAAGAACCUGUUUGUCUUUGUCUUCCUGGUUUAGAUUACAUUGAUAAAAACCAGAAGACUUUAGGCUGCAACAGAAAUUCAACCAUAGAAGGCUGUGACAAGGCGGUUUCUAUAGCUGAAUUAGACGGUUUGAGAUGGGAACCGGACACUUACGAAUUCCUCUCACUGGUUGACAAGGAUACUUGUAAACAAAGCUGUUUGAAUGAGUGUAAUUGCCAAGCUGCUUUCUCUAACAGAAAUGGUUGCUACAAACAAAAGUUUCCCUUGAGAUUUGCCAAAGCUGGGCGAAUAGGUUUCGAUACAACCAUAAUCAAGGUCCAUAAUGGAAGCAACAGCUUCAUCAAUACAGAUGCUGGCACAAGUAAACAUGUCAAGAAAGAGCAUAGAAUUGAUACAUUGAUCAUUGGACUUACUUGUACAAGUUUUUCCCUUAUCAUCAUAUUGUUUUCUCUAUUCUUUCUUUGCAGAAACUAUUUCAGGCCUAGUGAAAACGAGCUUGAUUCAAAGAAUGAUAAAGAAGUACUCUCACUGAAGUCAUUUACCUACCACCAACUCGAACUUGCAACCAAUGGAUUCAAUGAGCAAUUGGGCAGAGGUGCUUUUGGGACAGUCUUCAAAGGAAUAUUGCCAUAUGGAGACAGAGCCAUUGCUGUGAAAAGACUAGAGAAAGUUGCAGCCGAAGGAGAAGUUGAGUUUCGCAAUGAAAUGAGGUCCAUAGGAAGAACUCACCAUCGAAACUUGCUUCGUUUGCUUGGCUUCUGCCAUGAAGGCUCCAACAGGCUGCUAGUUUAUGACUUCAUGAGUAAUGGUUCUCUUGCAAAUUUUCUCUACAAAUCUGAGGUGAAGCCAAGCUGGAAUGAAAGAGUUUGUAUAGCUCAAGGAAUAGCCAGAGGACUCUUGUAUCUUCAUGAAGAAUGUGAGAAUCAAAUCAUUCAUUGUGACAUAAAUCCCAACAACAUAUUAAUAGACGAAAACCAUUGUGCUAAGAUCGCGGAUUUUGGAUUGGCUAAGCUGCUGAUGCCUGAUCAAACAAGGACAAUGACUGGUAUUAGAGGGACAAGAGGAUUUGUUGCACCAGAGUGGCAUAAGAACAUGGCUAUAACAGCUAAAGCCGAUGUUUACAGCUUUGGAAUUGUUCUGUUGGUGAUCACAUGUUGUCGUCCACAUGUUGAUGUGAAUGUUCCUGAGAAAGAAGCCAUCUUGGUGGACUGGGUUUGUGAGUGUUUCAAGGCUAAUAAAGUAAGGAAUCUAGUGCAAGAUGAAGAAGUGAACAUGUUGGAGUUUGAAAAAAUUGUGAAAAUUGGAGUGUGGUGUAUACAAGAAGAGCCUUCAAUUCGUCCUGGAAUGAAGAAAGUUGUGUCCAUGUUUGAAGGGUCUGUCGAUAUUCCUGUCCCACCCAGUUUAUCUUCUUAUGGAAGUGAUUCAAAUUCACAACUCUUACAUGGCUAAUUCACUUUUGAGUUUGAUUUUAAUUUUUUACUUGUGUCAUAUUAAUAAUUGUUUUAACAAUUAAACUUCUUUUUCUCCAACAACCAUCCAACCAUUUUGGUCAUGUCAUGUGUAUACACCUCUAUGCUAAUUUUUUGCAUAAUUUAAAUUACUAAUAAAUGUUAUAUUGACUCUC